AUGCCAGCGUCCUUGUUACGAGCGUCCCUGCGCUCCCGUCCUGCCAACGGCCAUGUCGCCUACUUACCCCAGAUACGCAAGCUCGUCUUUGAGUACUGCGACAAGUGGCCCACCUCGACAAACACCCGUAUUUACAUAAACACCCGGAUCGAGGCCCUUGCAAAGGAAAAUCCCCAUGUCGAGGUCGUGGUGAAGCAGCGCAACCACAAGGAACCCAUCGUUCGAGGAUUCUACGUGAACAACCGGGACAAGGUCAUCCCUCUCAAGUCAUUGGAGGUCACGGGCAUUCACCAAAAAGUGCAACUUCUUCUCGACUCCUCAGGUGCCAAAAUAGUUCCCCUCAAGCGACGCGCCGUGGAGAGCACAACAGAGUCGCCGAGGGAAACGAGGCUCCUUUUCCUUUCCAUGCUCCAUCAACUUGGUACACGUCGUACAUCCGCACCACUGACUUUUGCAGGCUCACUCCUCUUUUUCUUCUUGUGUGAGAUGCUGCUCACUAUGGAUGAUUUGUCCCUUGAUAUAUCUUCCGAAGAACUAAUCUGGCUCCAAGCUAGCGCAGUUUUUGAUGACUCUCCGUUGUCCCCACCUAAAAAUGACGACGAUAUCUUUAUGCAAGAUUUAUCGUUAUCCGGUUCUAUUGACUCUUUACGCUCUUCAUUACAUCCACCACAUGCAACUCUUAGUUCACCCUCCCCGAAUUUGCAGUGUCCCUCAAAACUUGUAGGCUCUUUUCCAACCCCGUCUCGAAGCAGCAUACGUCCGAAUGGCUCGCCGCGGUCUGAAUGGAUUUAUCGCCGACCUAGGUCCCCUGCCAGUAGUAAUCACCGUUCCCGUACUUGCGGUGCAUACCCCCGUCCUUCAACGGGAUACACAAAACAGACAUCCAUUCAGAUCACGCCUUCCUGUCCUAGCGCAAGCGUUCUCACCACUCGCAUAGCAACUGUGGCAUCAUCACGACCAUCCCCGGCGGAUUUGAAAAAUAUGCAGGCAACGACCUCCACCAGCCCUUUCUGGUCAAGUAUGCUCCGUACCCGACCACGGUCAGAAAGAUCAACACCCCUUCUUAAAACUAUUCCAUCUGAUUCCCAGGUCGUCCUAUCUCCUCCGGACCUCGCACCAGUGUCGAAAAUUUCGUCUCCCAAAAGGAUAUCUGCACCUAAAAGCUUGUCUUCUAGGCCACCUUCGGCAUCAUCGACUCUUUCGAGCGCGUCUAAUUCUCCAUCCCCUUCAUCUUCUCGUUCUGAAAGCCCUGUAACUCCAAUAUCUAUUCCCUAUACUGGAGCUUACAACCGCGUACAUCGCCGUCAGCGGUCGUAUCACCGACGCCACCGUACCCAUCCGGACAGCGAAAUUAACAUACCGCCAACGCUACUCUCUCAGUCUUGUCCAUCCAAAUCUAUUCUAACGCGCACUUCUUCGGUAUCUACCAAAGCUUCGUCACACACCGUAAACAAAUCUGUGAAGUUCGCCGCCAACGCCACCGUGCAUUACACAGGACAAGAUGAUCUUACCAUGUCGUCGAAAGAUGAACAGGCAUAUGGAGGUGAAGAUAUGGGGUUCAACUUGGAUGUGAUAUAUGACGACGACCAAUCAGUUGCAGAAUACCGCGGGAAUGAUACGAUAGACAUGGCGAUGCUCCGUGAACUGCACUGUACCACUCCCACUCCGGAGCUAGAGAGAGCAAAGACGAAGGGGAUUAAACGGCUCAUGACCCUGUCCAAACGAAUAACAAGCCCUGAGGCUGGUACAGAUACUCUGUUCACUGGCAAUGUGCACAAGGUCCCUCUUUCGCAAUCUUGUCCUGUUUCGCCGCGACCAAUUAUUUCCACUCCUUUCCCAUUAGGUACAACCCGUGCCCAGGCAAUGCAGUCUGUUCUGUCUUUGAAGCCUGCCAUGCAUCAAAAUUUAAAAGGCGACAGCACUGGUUCUACUCUCGCUCACCCUCUUUCAGAGUCUAGGGCUAGUAUAGGCUCGCCUUCUCUCCGGACCGCACCAUCGUGUGAAAGUAUUCGAAGCUCAAAGAGUGCAGCAGCUCGCAGCGUUCGGAGCUUGGGGAGCGUGAAAAGUACAUCCAGCACACGAGGAUUUAGAGCAUGGCUAGUUCGCACUGUUGGUUGGACCGAGUCUUAA